AGCAGCAGGGGGCGCUGUGGUGCUAGUAUGAGCUUUUGUGGAAGAAGUCGUGAGUGACGCGGUGGUGUCACACUGCGCAGAUGCGCGUCCCGCGGCUAGAAGCAGGAGCGGAACUCGAACGGACUCGCAGAAACAGACUGGGAAACGACGCGCCAGAGCGGAGGAGAAAAGUGCGCCAGACCGCCAAGGCCUGCGACACGGCGGUAACCAUGGUGGGUGAACGCUGCAAUGGAAACCUGCUGGUCCAACUGGGCCCCCGGCUUCAGGCGUACCCAGAGGAGCUGAUUCGUCAGCGCCGCAACCACGACGGCCAGACGGAGUACCUGAUUCGCUGGAGCCUGGUCUCCACGGAUAAUGGUUCCAGCUCGGGCGGCGGCGUUGGCGAGGUGGGUGGGACGGGCAACAGCAGCUCUGCCGUGGGUGGGUCCGGCAGCUCCGCCUCUGGAGAAACCAAGCCGGAAAACAUCCUGAUGUGGAUGUCCACGGAGGACGUCUACGCCAACUGCCCCACCCUCCUGGGCAAAAGGAAGACGGAUUCACAGCGCCCCCAGCAGCAGGAGCAUCAGCAGGGCGGCGCGCUGGCGGACGGAGGCCAGAGCAGCGAGGGCGGGUUCCCAGCAGACGUGACCUUCGAUGAGGUGGAGCUGUCCGACAUGGAGGAGGACGUGAAGAACCUGGUAUGCCGGGCCAGGAAGCAGAUGGCCAAGAAGAGCGACUUCUCCAUCAACAUCAUGCACACCAUCCACGUGCUGAGCGCCUACGCCAGCAUCGGCUCGCUCGUCGGCGUCUUCAAGGAGACCGGUGCCCUCAACCUGCUGAUGGAGCUGCUCUGCAACAAGGAGACGCAGACGCGCCGCAGCGCUGGCAAGAUGCUGCGGGCGCUCGCUUCACAUGAUGCGGGCAGCCGGGCCUACGUGCUGCUGUCGCUCAGCCAGCAGGACGGCAUCGAGCAGCACAUGGACUUUGACAACCGCUUCACUCUGCUGGAGCUGUUCGCUGAAACCACGUCGUCUGAGGAGCACGGCAUCUCCUUUGAGGGGGUGCACCUGCCUCAGAUCCCUGGGAAGUUGCUCUUCUCCUUGGUGAAGCGUUACCUGUGCGUUACGUCCCUGAUGGACAAACUCAACACGGCUGGAACCGAGUCCAGCUCCGACAGGCAGGACCCCAGCCCCUCCCCCGCCACCUCCUCCACCUCUGUCCACCAGAUGGACCACGUCCGCCUCCAGAAAGAGUUCGACUUCACCAUGGCCAUGGCCAAUUUGAUCUCGGAGCUGGUCCGAGUGAUGGGCUGGGACCGCAACAGGCAGCCUCCAGAUGGCUCCGCCCACCAGUCUGUGGGAGGGGAGGCCUGUGCGAGGAAGGAGGAGCUUGAGAAUCUGUGCCGGCCCGUCCUUCGAUCAAUCUUCCAGCCUCGGUUCUGCACCUCGCCCAUCACGCUGGGCACCAGCUCCCCCGCCGCUGCGCCCGCCGCCACACCUUCCAAGAAAAAGGUGGGAAACGGCUUCAAAACGCGCUCCGACUUUGCCAGCCGCUCGGCGUACGUGGAGUACGUCCAGGACAACCUGAAGAGCGGCAUGAUGGUUCGCAUGCUGGAGGACUACGAGGAGGUCAGCGGUGGAGAUGAAGGAGAGUUUCGCUACAGCAAUGAUGGAUCUCCACCUGUGCAGGUUUUCUGGAACUCUCUGUCCCGGACGUACUGGGUCCACUGGCACAUGGUGGAGAUCCUGGGCAGCGGCAGCGGCGGCAGCCAGACGGAGAAGGAGACGCAGGAGAAAGCCUCCUCCCUGACCGAGACCCUCAAACUGACCACCGUGAGUCAGACCUUCUUCACCAAGCCGCCGGGCGGCCUCUACUCGCUGCCGUACUUGUCGGAGGGACACCAGAUGGAGACGACGGCUCUGAGCAGAGCGGAGUGGUGGGAGAUCCUGUUCUUUAUCAAGAAGCUGGAGCCCAAGCAGCAGCAGGAGGUGAACGCCCUCCUGCUGCAGAACCUGGACGACCAGGAGGAGCCUCUAGACGACUCCUCCCUCAUCAGCCUGGCGGUUCCCGGAGACACGGCCAAAAAGGUGCUGCACUACCUGAAGCAGAAGCUCCCGUCGUCGUGCCUCAGCGACCUGCUGUGCUCGCACGCCUUCUCCAAGCACUACCUGAAGAGAGGGGGGGGCAGCCUGGAUGACGAGGAGCUGCUGGCUGAAGGCUCUCUGGCUUCUUCAGCUCUGGGGGGAGUUGGAGGAGCGUCUCAGAGUUCAUCAGCCUUCACUUCCUCUUCCUCAGCGAUGGGCUCCGUCUCCAAAAAGGCCAAGAAGGAGCUUCCCGCCGACUCCAGCGGCUCCGAGACGGAGAGCGAGUUUCCCUCCGAGGACGACAGCAAGUACCCGGACGACCUGGAGGACAAGAUGAAGGUGUUCAACAACCCGCGGGUGCAGGGGAAGAAAAACCUUCUGGAGAAGCUGGGCGAGGUGGUGGACAUCCUGAAGAAGGGGCUGUCCGCCUCGGAGCAGAACCAGCAGCUGGCCGCCGUCCUCUUCGUCACCAGACUGCUGGAGGACAAGAGCACCCAGGAGAAGAACUCCAACCGGAGCGACUCCGCCCAGAGCACGCGGGACAAAGUGCUGAAGCUUCUGGUGGAGCUUCUGGGCUCCCCCUCCAAAGACGUGGUGGUCAGCACGCUGCGCCUCACUCACCUGCUCAUGCUGAAGUACGAGUGGAGGGUUUGCUUCGCCACCGAGGGCGGCGUGAAGGCCAUCCUGGCCUGCAUGCAGGAGUUCCUGUCGGUCCCGCAUGUGCAGCAGCUGGCUCUGGCGACUCUGAAGGUCAUCACCGGAGCCAGCAAACACGACCUGCGCAGCAUGGGCAGCAGCCUGCCGCUGUCCGAGUCCGGCACACAGAUGAUGCUGGAGAUCUUCGCCAGCAUCGGCUCAGCCACGCCUGAAGGCUCCUCCGGCCUGCUGGGCGUCAUCCCCGCCGCCGUCGACCUCAUGCUCAGCACCAAAGGCUGCACGCUGUCGGUGCGCAACGGGCUGCUGGUCAUCAUCAUGCUCAUCUCCAACCACAAGAGCCUGGCUGAGCAGCUGGUGGCCUGCGGCGUCACCGCCGUCCUCAAAAAGUGUCUGUCGCUGUCCCGGGCCGAGACCAUGCUGGCCAUCAUCGCCCUGAACCACAUCUCCAUGGUGCACAAGCUGGAGAGCAAAGAGUCCUGCGAACAGCUGGACUUGAAGGACACAGAGCUCCACAUGUUGUUGGUGAGCCUGAAGGAGCUGACGCCAACCAAGGAGGUGAUCCAAACUCUGGAGCAGCUGCUGUGUGAUGACUCCUCCCAGCUGGAGCAGGAGCGUUACCAGGUGACCCAGAGCCGGGACACCUACCAGGACCUGGUCCGGCUGAUGGAGCAGCAUCGAGCCGACCGGGCCAUCCAGCUGUCCAUCCUAAGGAUCCUGGACAAGUUCCUGGAUAACUACCAGGAGGACGUGCUGCCGUGGCACGAGAGCAUCGAGCCGUGCCUGUCCAGCAUGACGGCCUUCAUCAACGACAGAGAGGUGGUGCAGCUCUUCAUCCGCUUCCUGUACCUGCUGGCGUCGGUGAACAAAGACUACGCCGUGGUCAUGUGUCGUCUGGGCACCAGAGAUUCUCUGGUGAAGGCUUUGGACAAACACAGCACCAACCUGCUGCUGGUCACCGAGCUCAGAGACCUCAUCAGCGACUGCGAGAAGUACGCCAGCCUCUACAAGAAGAUGACCACCAGCGUGCUGGCCGGAUGCAUCCAGAUGGUGCUGGGUCAGAUUGAGGAGCAUCGCCGCAGUCACCAGCCCAUCAACAUCCCCUUCUUUGACGUGUUUCUCAGAAACCUUUGCCAGGGCUCCAGCGUGGAGCUGAAGGAGGACAAGUGCUGGGAGAAGGUGGAGGUGUCGUCCAACCACCACAGAGCCAACAAACUCACCGACAAAAACCCCAAAACCUACUGGGAGUCCAACGGCUGCACCGGCUCGCACUUCAUCAACGUCUACAUGCACAAAGGCGUCAUCAUCCGACAACUCGCCAUCUUGGUGGCCAGUGAAGACUCCAGCUACAUGCCGGCCCGGAUCCUGGUUCUGGGUGGAGAUGACCCGACUAACAUCAACACGGAGCUCAACACUGUGAACGUGGCUCCCACAGCCAGCCGUGUGGUUCUGCUGGAGAACAUGACCCGGUUCUGGUCCAUCAUUCAGAUCCGGGUCAAGCGAUGCCAGCAGGGGGGCAUCGACACCCGGGUCCACGGCUUCGAGGUUCUGGGUCCAAUGCCGACGUUUUGGCCCGUGUUUAAGGAGCAGCUGUGCUGUCGGACCUACCUGUUCUACAGCACCAAAGCCAACACCUGGUGUCAGGAGGUGAUGGAGGACCGGACGCAGCUGCUGCAGCUCUUCAACAAGUUGAACAGCGCUCUGAGGCACGAGCAGAUGUUUGCAGAUCGGUUCCUGCCCGACGUCGAGGCCGCGGAAGCUCUGGGCCGGACCUGCUGGGAGGCUCUGAUCACCCCCAUUGUGAAGAGCAUCACUCAGUCAGAAUCCUCAGCGUGCAGCCCUCUGUCCUGGCUGCUCAGCGAGUACCUGGAUAACGCUGAGCUGGUCCAGCGCUUCAAGAGUCGGGCGGCCAUCUUUAACUCCAGAGUGCGGCGGCUCACGCACCUGCUGGUCCACGUGGACACGAGCCAGCCGGACGGCGAGGAGCUGAAGCCGCCGGUCAAGUCCAAAGGUCUGAACAGGAGCAAAGAGCUGAAGAAUGGAAAGGAAGGGAAGAACAGAGACACGGCCGCCGCCGCGUCUUCGUCGUCGUCUUCCUCAGCCAAACCCAAAGCGAAGAGCAGCAGCAGCAUUGCCGGCAUCGCCCACUGCUGGCAGGGGGUGGUACAGCGCCAGGUAAAGAAGUUCCUGGAGUCAAACUUCAACCAGCCAGACUUCGUGGAGCGGUACCGGGUUCUGUACCGGCGUUUGAAGAACGCCAUGGAGGAGCUGUUCGGGCAGCAGACCGCCUUCGUCCUGGCGCUGUGGCACGGCUUCUCUGCGGCGCUGCUGCAGCUGUCCAUCCUCCGGGCCAUGCACGUGAGCGAGCGCUUCGCUCAGUACAUCGAUCAGACCAUCCAGGCCAGCGGCGCGGCGGCCAGCGGCACGGAGACGCUGGAGCGGCUGCAGCAGUUCCUGGAGCCCAUGCUCUUCCUGUCCGGCCUGGAGCUCGCCAACACCUUCGAGCACUUCUACAGGUACUACCUGGGAGACCGGCUGCUGGCUCGGGGAACCACGUGGUUGGAGAGCGCCGUCAUCGAGCAGAUCGGCAGCUGCUUUCCCAGCCGCUUCCCGCAGCAGAUGGUCAAGAACCUGAGCGAGUCGGCCGAGCUGCAGCAGGAGUUCCACCUGUACCGGCUGCAGCAGCUGGACCAGCGCCUGCAGGAGACGGACCAGGACAUGGAGGAGGAAUGGGAGGAGCUGGAGGAGGAUGCCCAGGUCCAGGUUCUGGUUCUGUCUCCCCGCUGCUGGGCCGUGUCCUCUCUCUGCUUACUGGACGAGCCAGGAAAACACUUUCCCGCCCAGCUGUGCUCCUACCUGAACCACUUCACCCAGUUCUACACCCACAGUCAGUCCAUGUGCGGCCUGAGCCCGUCCCGGCCCCGGCGUCUGCAGUGGACGUGGCUGGGUCACGCCGAGCUGCAGUUCGGCUGCUGGACGCUGCACGUGUCCACGCUGCAGAUGUUUGUGCUGCUGCAGUUCAACCACCUGCAGGAGCUUUCCGUGGAGUCUCUGCUGCAGCAGACCGCUCUCUCUCCGGAGGUUCUCCUCCACGCUCUGCAGCCGCUCCUCGGCGAAGCCGGUCCUCUGACCUGCAGCCAGCCGGAGCAGCCGUGCUCAGGUGUGCUGACACUGAACCAGCAGGCGGCCUCCCUCAGCCUGAGUGGCGCCCCGGCUCAGCUGCACCUGCUGCCGCGGCAGACGUACCUGAACGUGGACGAGGAAGCCGCCAGCACCCUGGAGAGGAAGAGGAACUUCAUCUACUGCCUGAUCGUGAGGAUCAUGAAGCAGGAGAAGGAGAUGCACAUCGACAACCUGGUCUUCAAGGUUCUGGACUCCUGUCAGAAGCAGGACUUGUCUGCCGGCGCCGGCCGGUUCAGCUGCAGCACAGGCGACGUCCUCUCCUGCAUCAUGCACGUCAUCAAUAAAGGCUGCGUGCGCCGCGGCGAGGAGAACCCGCACAUUGUGGAGUACGUCCCGGAGGACCCGUCUACGCCGCAGAAAGGCCACGCCCAGUUCUCCUUCAGCCACACCAACGCGGGGAAGGAGGCAGCCCCAGACGGCGUGGCCGACAUCAGUCUGGUUCCGGCGCCGCAGCGCUUUGAGGACGGCGUUCUGGACGCGGUUCUGUUCUCGAUGGGCCGGACCAUGACUCAGGAGGAGGUCCGUCAGCUGAUGCGGCGGACGGUGCAGCAGGUGUCGGUCACUCUGAGUCUGGACCUGGACCGGGCCGAGCACCUCCUCAUCCACUGUAAGUGGAACGUGGACCUGCUGGUCCAGCGCUACACAGACGACCCAGACGCCCUCAUUACCGCCGCCGGCCUCAAGUGCCGGAACCCGCAGCCGCCGCUGAGCCCGGCCGCCACCUGCCCCGUCUGCCUGAGCCCGCGGACUGCCAGCGUGGAGCCGGUGCCGUCGCUCAGCUGCCUGCACUACUGCUGCCGGUCCUGCUGGCAGGAGUACCUGACGGCCCGGAUCGAGCAGAACCUGGUCAUGAACUGCAACUGCCCCAUCACGGACUGCCAGGCCCAGCCCACCUCCCACUUUUUCCUCAGCAUCCUCACCGACAAGGACACGGUCGCCAAGUACGAGAACGCCCUGCUGCGCGGCUACGUGGAGUGCUGCUCCAACCUGACGUGGUGCACCAACCCCCAGGGCUGCGACCAGAUCCUCUGCAAGGAGAACAUGGGCAGCACCGGAACCUGCUCCAAGUGCUGCUGGUCCUCCUGCUUCAGCUGCAACUUCCCUGAGGCUCACUACCCAGCCAGCUGCAGUCACAUGUCCCAGUGGAUGGACGACGGCGGCUUCUACGAGGGCAUGAGCAUGGAGGCGCAGAGCAAACACCUCGCCAAGCUGAUCUCCAAACGCUGCCCGAGCUGCCAGGCGCAGAUCGAGAAGAACGAGGGCUGCCUGCACAUGACCUGUGCCAAGUGUAACCACGGUUUCUGCUGGCGCUGCCUUAAACCCUGGAAACCCACUCACAAAGAUUACUACAACUGCUCUGCCAUGGUCAGUAAAGCUGCACGGCAGGAGAAGAAGUUCCAGGACUACAACGAGCGCUGCAGCUUCCACCAUCAGGCUAAGGAUUUUGCGGUGGGUCUGGAGAACAAAGUGUCGUCCAUCAACGAAGCUUUGCAGAUGAAGUCGCUCACCUUCGUCAUCGAUGCCUGUAAAGUCCUGGCUCAGGCCAGAAAGGUGCUGGCCUACUCCUGUGUCUACAGCUACUACAACCAGGAGACGGAGAAGAUGGAUGUGAUGGAGCAGCAGACGGAGGCUCUGGACCUGCACACCAACGCUCUGCAGAUCCUGCUGGAGGAGACGCUGCUGCAGUGCACCGACCUGGCCUCGUGCGUCCGCCUGCUGAAACCAGAACACCUCAACACUGGACUGGAGCUGAUCCGGCGAAUCCAAGAGCGUCUGCUCGCCAUCCUGCAACACUCCACGCAGGACUUCCGGGUCGGGUUUCAGUCCAGGAGCAGCCAGGAGGCGGACCUGGCUCAGGCGUCGCAGCUGUCCAACCACGCAGACGCAAACAAAGCGUCCAAGUCGGACCGAGCCUCAGACUCCGGAGACUCCGACAACAACAACUACACCGGAGAGGAUGGCGGCGAGGAGGCGGAGGACGAGGACGACGAAUACGAUGAAGAGUACGUGCCCGGGUGGCACGAAGACUACGACGAGGAAGACAUUUCCGAGGACGACUUCUUCUCCGACGACUCGGAGAACCUGGAGCCGAACUACUGCCCCUUCGACUGAGGCGGAGCCCGACUUGAAGAUGCCCCAAGUUUGGGGGAAAGCGGCGAGGACUAAACCCCGCCCCCUCUUUGAUCGCAGGAACGUCUUCCUUCACUGUCACAACGCAGCACCUGCUUCACCUGUUUUUUCCUUUUAGUUGAAGGACGGGAGAGGACAAGGGACAAAAGUGUUCUGAGUUUCUAAAGCUGUCCCCGUUUGUCCUGAGUUAAUGGGCCCGGUUCUUCCUGGCCUGAAAUGGGUUUCGUACGGGUCAGAACCAGUUACAUUUGCAAGACCCGUUUGGAGGCGGUGCUCGUCAGUUUAUUAGUCACAAUUUCAUGAAAAAACGAUCAGAAUGCCAACACGCACACGUGCACGCUCAUGUUCAGCUAACUGCACGGUUCUGUGCACGUGUCCCCAACCGGUCCAAACGAGCCGGAGCCUCUGAGCCCAAAAGCAAACCGGUUUCAUGCCUGGUUCUUGUCUCGUUCUCAUUCUGGAUUAGCUGGAGCAGGAUUUCCUGAGGAGGAUCUGGAUCCUCAGAGCGGCUCUGAUCCGGUCUGUUCUGUUGCCCCCCCUAAAGUGAUGGAGGAUGGUGGGGCGGUCCGCAGCCUCGCGUUCUGCCGGGUUCUGGUUUGUGAAGGACGCCUGGGGAUGGGUCGGAGCGCACAGAGCUCUGCUCUGAGCUCUUCCCCCGUUUGAGGAGGCGGAUGUUUCUAUGCACCUGCAGGACCGGAUGGACGCCCCGGUUCUGUCAGGACCGGUUUCUCGGUUCGUCGUGGAGUUGAAGCUCCAGCUUCCCGCUCUACUGUAAUUUCCUUUAUUCAUAUGGUUGAUGUUCUCCCAUGUUUCUGGUUUCUUUGCUGCAGUCGAGCGACUCCAGCCGCAGAGUUAAAUAAAAGCUUUUUCCGUGA